UAAAUUUCACUGAAACACAAUGCAUCUUCGAGUGUCACACAGAUCAGUAAACAGUUGAUACUAAAUCUAAUUGAAUACCCUCAAUAAGUGUUCCUCUUGUUCAUUCUUUGCUUGUCUUCAAAUCCUUGUCUUCACACCAAAAACUUUCAAAAAUGUAAAACCCUCCAAAAAUCACCCUCGCAGACAAAUAUUUACUAUUUUGUUGUACUGUGAUUAGCGUUAUCGGUAAGUGAACUCGACACUUAACACCAAUACGAAGAGAAAUGGCUCUGGAAAAAUCCAAAAGCAUCGAGGCCGGUCUUCAGACUAUCCUAACCGAAGAGGACCCUACGGAUUCCAAACCAAAAAAUAUCUCCUUGUGCAAGAAAAUCAAACUCAUCUUCACCAACAUCACUGUCGAACCAGUUCUAAUAUGUUACGUCCUUCCAAGUGUGAUGGCAAGCAUCGCCACCCAAAACCUCAGCCUCGAAAAGGCAUGCCGCGUAAAUUUACACAUGGACAAAGACAUCUGCGAUGCUCUAAGUAUCCGAAAUCGAUCUGGUUAUAAUGAAACAGACGAAAUCAUCACCCAAACAUUGAUCACUUCGAUGAAUACUUGGAAAAGUAUCAUUCAGAGUUUAAUCCCAUCGCUCUUACUCCUGUUUUUGGGAUCAUGGAGUGACCGUCACCAAAGACGCAAACCUUGCAUCAUACUCCCGAUUUUUGGAGAAAUUUGCACAUGUACUGGGUUUCUUUUGUCGACAUAUUUCUUUUAUCAGUUGCCGAUGGAAUUCAAUGCUUUUUUUGAAGCCGUUCCUCCCGCUCUAACCGGGGGCUGGUUUGCGAUGUUCAUGGCGGUGUUUAGUUACGUUAGUGGAAUUUCGUCUGUGGAAACUAGAACUCUGAGAAUCGGUGCUGUUAAUCUUUUCUCUAACGUCAGUGUGACCAUCGGGAUUGCCCUUAGUGGUAUUCUCUAUAACGAAAUUGGGUUCUACGGAGUGUUCUCUCUAGCUAUAUCCAUGUAUAUGACAGGGCUGAUUUAUGCAAUCGCAUAUGUCAAAGAUACGCCGAAAAAAGAAGAACUUAUUGUUGAUAAGAAUGUGAAGAAAGUUAAUCCAAUUUUAGAUUUCUUCAAUUUUAAACACAUCAAGGAAACCCUGAAUGUGGCUUUUAAAGACGGUCCACGUAAUCGAAAGCGACGAAUUUGCACAAUCAUGAUCCUUGUUAUGGUCAUAAUUGGACCUAUGCAUGGCGAAAUGCAAGUUAUGUAUCUCUUCGUCCGACAUAGAUUCAAAUGGAACGAAAUCGACUACAGUUUAUAUUCAACCUUCCAAUUUAUCAUUCACGUCUGUGGAACAGUCUUCUCUUUAAUGUUCUUCAGCAAAUUCCUUAAGGUCGAUGAUGCUGUCCUUGGAAUGAUUUCAAGCAUGAGUAAAAUUGCCGCUUGCUUUGUAUACGCGUUUGCUCCUACAAGUACAAUUUUUUAUAUCGGAGCGAUAAUCGAGGCUCUAAACGGUACUUCAUUCAUCGCUAUGAGAUCAAUUAUAUCAAAAUUAGUCCCCCCAGAAGAAUUAGGCAAAAUCAAUUCUUUAUUUGGGGUGUCUGAAGCUUUAAUGCCUCUUGUUUACGGACCCAUGUACAAUAUUAUCUACAAAGCUACAAUAAAGUUCCUACCAGGUUCCUUCUUUUUACUUGGAGGAGCUUUAACCGCACCUGCGAUUAUUAUAUUCUACUGGUUGUAUCGAGAACAUCAGAAAGAUCAGCAAGAGGAGAAAAAAGAAAAGGCACAAAAAGUCAAUUUGUUAACAAAAUGAUUAGAAUGUACAUAAAUAAACGUUUUAUUAAAAAAAAA